GGUUUGAUAGGAGGAUUUGCAUAUUCAGUCAAAAUAAAUAUUGGGCCCACCUAGCCCAUUACAUUGACAGGCAUUUACCAUUUUCCCAUCAAAAUCUCAAAUCUCGACGAAACCUUAGUCGCGCCACCACCACGCUUUCAGCUCCGACCAGCCGCUGAAUUCAAUGGCUACCUUGAGAAGUCUGAAAAUCAAGACGAGUACCUGCAAACGAAUUGUGAAGGAGCUGCAUUCUUAUGAAAAGGAAGUUGAGAGGGAAGCUGCCAAAACAGCUGAUAUGAAGGACAAAGGUGCUGAUCCUUAUGAUCUCAAGCAGCAGGAAAAUGUGUUGGCUGAGUCUAGGAUGAUGAUUCCUGACUGCCGCAAGCGUCUAGAGGCCGCUUUGGAAGACUUGAAGGGAAUAUUGGCUGAGUUGUUGGAGGAAUCAGAUGAGAAGGAAGGCCCUGAAAUUGAUGAAGCUCGAAACACCAUUGCAGAAGUUGAACAGGUUUUUGAAACAACACAAGCUUAGCAGGACAGUUUCAUUAGUUCUUCGAUUGAGGAUAUUGUGCCUGUAUCAUAAAGUUUCCUCUUGUUCCUCAAAAACUGGUUCCCGCUGAAAAAGGUUAUGAAUCUUGUGACAUUGAAUCUUCGUUAGUUAAUGUUGUAGUGGAACAUCUGGAAAUGAAAAUUUUAUGACAUCGAUUUACUUUUCUAAGCUUGAAAUUAUCGCAUCUUGUUUUAAAGUUAUUUGGUGCAUAAUGUAUUCAUCAAACAUGUAAAUCCCCCCGUUUUGAUUUUAAAUGAAAACUAGUUAAAAGCUUAA